AUGCGGUCGCUCACAUUGCUUGCGGCCUCUGGGCUGCUGUCCAUGGCGGACGCCUCCUUAUCAGGCUUACCCAAGGCGGAAGCUGAACAGCUUGCUGUUGACCAGGCAGUCAAGGCCUUCCUUGAGAGGCACGCGGCGCUGUCCACAUGCGCCCCCGUCAGCAUCAUCUCCACCAGCACGGUGACGGUUGAGACGACAGUCUACGUGACUCCCACAGGCAACACGCCGGCGUCCCCUACCUCCCCUACCUCCCCUACCUCCACGCCUCCCACCAAGGCCGUGUCAUCGUCUCAGACGCCGACGGGGCCGAACGGGAGCAACACGCAGACGCACGUGAGCAGUGUCUCGAACCCAUAUGUCCUGCCGUCGCAGAGCCCGCCUGCUGGCCAGCAGUCUUCCUCUUCUGCUGAGACCAUUGUCGGGCUUACGCCUUCUUCCUCUGGGGUCAGCUCGAGCAGCAGCACAACGCAUGUCUUGCCGAGCCAGUCUACUUCGCAGACGCCGAACGGGCCUGGCAACAGCCAGUUUACGUCUUCCGGGACGCCUACCGGCCGUGCUUCUUCAUCGUCGUCUGUUCCUGGAGGCCAGUUCCUGACGUCAUCGGUUAGUGUGAGCAGUGGUGCUUCGUCUGCUACGUCGAAGGUGUCUACUCGCUCUAGCACUCCGAUCGUGUCUACUCGUCCGAGCACUCUGAGCGUGUCUACUCGCUCCAGUACUCCGAUCGUGUCCAGCCGUUCCACUAGCUCUACCCCCAUCACCCGUGCUUCGUCAUCGACGCCUCCUGGUGGUCAGUUCCUGACUUCGUCGGCAAGCGUGAGCAGCGUUGCCUCUUCUGCCACUUCAAAGGUGUCUACCCGCUCUACCACCCCUGGUAGCUCAGUCAGCACCUCGCGCACCGCCUCCAGCACCGCUGCUUCGUCGUCGUCUGCACCUCCCGGAGGCCAGUUCCUGACGUCCUCCAGCGCCGUGAGCAGUGGUGCCUCGUCUUCUACCGCAAGCGUGUCUACCCGUUCUACCUCUUCCGGGACCACGAGCAGCACCACGGUCACUGCAUCUAGCACUGCCGCCUCCUCGUCAUCUGCUCCCCCCGCCGGUUCUUCGUCCACGUCUGCUACUGCAUCGUCGACCUCAAGCCCUCCUGGCGGCCAGUUCCUGACCUCUUCCAGCACGGUCAGCAGCGGCUCCUCGUCUUCUACCGGUGCUUCUUCGUCGACCACCAGCCCAUCUGGCGUCUCACCCACCGCUUCGUCGACGGCUGCCUCUUCCACCAGCUCCGCCACCAGCUCGGCUACUUCGUCCACGUCGUCUGGUCCCCCAGGCGGCCAGUUCCUCACGUCGUCCGCCUCCGUCGGCACCUCGACGCCCAUCAUUCCCACAGUCCCCGCGUUCCCUGACCCUGACGACUGCGAUGAUGACGAUGACUUUGAGCCCAGCCUCACCGGCGUCAUCCCGACCGUCACCCCAUCCAACGCGGCCUCGACCCCCAUCAUUUUCCUUACAGUGUCCUCCACCUCUGCCAGUGCCACUCCCAGCUCCGCUUCGUCAACUGAGACAUCGUCCAUCAGGAGCUCCACUUCUGGUGUUCAGUCUAGCGGCACUCCCAUCUUGGAGACUGUGACCUCGCCCCCUGGCGUUGGCCUCGUGUCCUCCACUGCUUCGAGCACUCCUGCUUCGAGCACUCCCGCCUCGGGCACGCCCGCUUCCAGCACUCCUGCUUCGGGAACCCCUGCUUCCAGCACGGUUACCCCUACUGGCGUCCUGCCCACCGGCGACGUCGUCGAGCCGUGCGAUCCCACCGACAGUGUCUCCGCGAGCACCAACACCAACACCAACACUGGCACUGCCACCGGCUUGACCAGCAGCACCGGCACCGCUACCGGCCUCACUCCCAGUGUCACUGCUUCCAGCGUCACCGGCACCGCCUCCAGCCUGUCGAGCAGCCUCCCUGCAGACAUCCCCACCGAUGUCGUGCCCUUCCAGCCCAGUCCUACCGGCCUCAGCGUCUCGUCCUCGUUCUCCUUUUCGGUGCCUGGCGGCGCCUUCAACGACCACUCCACCACGUCCGGCACGCCUACUACUCCCACCCCGGCCGCGUCGAGCAGCCCGACCGCCCUUCCCACGCCCAUCAUCGGUGGUGAUGAUGACUGCGACGAUGACGACCUCAUCAUCCCGCCCGUCCUGGCUGUCACGCCCACGGGCCCCAGCGCGGGCACUCCCACCGCCACGGGCCCCAGCGCGGGCACUCCCACCGCCACGGGCCCCAGCGCGGGCACUCCCACUGCCACGACCCCCACCCCUGCCGCCUCGAGCUUGCCCGCCAUCAGCUCCGCGCGGUCAUCGUCGUCUUCCGCCCCUGGCGGCGGUGCUGGCGCCUCGUCGAGCGUGCCCUUUGUCUCGCAGGGCGUGCCCACUACCUUUGCGACGCUGCCUCGCCCGUCCAGCACCACGCCUUACGCGACGGUCCCGGCUGUGCCUACGCCGACUGGGGUCAACAUUGGUGUCACUGACGACUGCGAUGAGUAAAAUGGCUCCUCAUGUCACAUACGGGAAGAGAAUAAGGAUGGAUAAUGUGCUACAAAGUGGAUGAAGCUGUGUCUGUGCUGCAGUGCCUUUUUGUUGAUUCUUUCUUCCUUUUUUCUUCUUUUCAUCCACUUUAAUUUGAGAUAUAU